GCUAAAUAUAGCUGGGGAAUCACACAGGUGUCAAAAGUGAAAGCAAGCAAACAGGAUUCAACUUCACUGUCAGUGCUGUUAAAUGAAACGAUCGUACUGUUGAAAAAUGAAACUAAACAGGACAGAACUGAAAUGGCUCUUCACACUGAUCCUUGCAUUUCACAUCACAUCUAUACAUGUUGAAGCUUCUCAUGAUGAUGAUGAUGAUGAUGAAGUGAGGAUCCUGAUAGUGGGAAUGCGAGGCGACUCCAGGUUCAGCGCUGCAGAGAUUCUGUCAGGAAGGAAAGCCGGUGGACAGGAGGACAGAGAGAUUGUAAAGACUCCAGUAAUGACAGACGAGGGUCGUAGAAUGAUGCUGGUCACUGGACCAAACCUCUGUGAGGACGACACAGCGACACAGAGCUUCACAACAGCGCUGGUUCUCUCGGCUCCUGGACCUCACGCCGUUUUAAUGCUCCUGAAUCUGGAAGAUCAAGAAUCAGAAGAGUGUGAUGUUGUGAAACGAGUCCAGGAUCUGCUGGGAGCAGAAGUUCUUCAGCACUGCAUUGUUCUUCUGCAGCAAAAUCACCAGGAACGUUUGACAGGAGCGUCCAGAGGGAUCGCUGGAGAAAUGAUCAACGCAUGUGGAGGCAGAUUUCACAUGAUCAGAGACUCUGAACCCAAACCUGCUCAAACAGCAGCUCUCGUAGCGGAAAUACACAAGCUAGUUCAGCUCAAUGCUCACGGGUUUUACUCGAACAACCUCUUGGACAACAAUCAGUCUGGUUUCAAAAGCGGACACUCAACGAGACUGGAGGAGCAGCUGGACACAUAG